AUGCUUUCUCGCACAAGAGCUACAGCUCUGAAUUCCAACUUAUUCAGCAGAAACUUGUUACGCCUUUAUUCACAAGCACCAUUACGCGUUCCAAUCACUCUACCAAAUGGUCAUACCUAUGAACAACCAACAGGUUUAUUCAUCAACGGUGAAUUUGUUGCUUCUAAGCAAAGGAAGACGUUUGAUGUGAUCAACCCAUCUAACGAAGAAAAGAUAACAACUGUUUAUAAGGCUAUGGAAGACGACGUUGAUACAGCCGUUGCAGCAGCUAAAAAAGCUUUUGACACGAAGUGGUCUAUUGUAGAGCCAGAGGUUCGUGCUAAAGCGUUAUUCAACUUAGCUGACCUGGUUGAAAAAAAUCAAGAAACAUUGGCUGCCAUUGAAUCUAUGGAUAACGGUAAAUCAUUGUUUUGUGCACGCGGUGACGUCGCUUUAGUGUCCAAAUAUUUGCGUUCCUGCGGUGGUUGGGCAGAUAAAAUCUACGGUAACGUUAUUGAUACGGGUAGAGACCAUUUCACCUACUCGAUUAAAGAACCAUUAGGUGUUUGUGGCCAAAUAAUUCCUUGGAACUUCCCUUUGUUGAUGUGGUCGUGGAAAAUUGGGCCUGCUUUGGCUACAGGUAAUACUGUCGUAUUGAAACCCGCUGAAACAACUCCAUUAUCUGCCCUUUUCGCUUCCCAGUUAUGCCAGGAAGCAGGCAUACCCGCUGGUGUAGUCAAUAUUCUUCCGGGCUCCGGUAGAGUUGUUGGAGAAAGAUUGAGUGUACAUCCAGACGUGAAGAAGAUUGCUUUUACCGGCUCUACUGCCACCGGCCGCCAUAUUAUGAAGGUUGCCGCCGAUACCGUUAAAAAAGUCACACUGGAGCUGGGAGGUAAAUCGCCAAAUAUUGUGUUUGCUGACGCCGAUUUAGAUAAGGCCGUUCAAAACAUUGCCUUUGGUAUUUUUUACAACUCUGGUGAAGUUUGCUGUGCUGGUUCCAGAAUAUACAUCCAAGAUACAGUAUAUGAGGAAGUGUUACAAAAAUUAAAAGAAUACACCGAGUCACUAAAGGUUGGUGACCCAUUUAAUGAGGAAGUUUUCCAAGGUGCUCAAACAUCUGACAAACAGCUGCAUAAAAUUUUGAAGUACGUCGAUGUAGCAAAGUCAGAGGGGGCUCGUCUUGUGACUGGAGGUGUCAGGCAUGGCAGUAAAGGUUACUUCGUCAAGCCAACAGUGUUUGCUGACGUCAAAGAAGAUAUGAGAAUUGUUAAGGAGGAAGUGUUUGGUCCUAUCGUAACUGUUUCCAAGUUUUCUACCGCUGAUGAAGUAAUUGCUAUGGCAAACAAUUCUGAAUAUGGGUUAGCCGCCGGUAUCCACACUAAUGAUAUUAACAAGGCCGUUGAUGUGUCCAAAAGAGUGAAAGCUGGUACCGUUUGGAUUAAUACGUAUAACAACUUUCACCAAAAUGUUCCUUUCGGUGGUUUUGGCCAGUCAGGUAUUGGACGUGAAAUGGGUGAGGCUGCCUUAAGUAAUUACACUCAAACAAAAUCUGUCAGAAUUGCCAUUGACAAGCCAAUUCGUUGA